AUGUCAGACACCACUGAUCAAACCAAUCUUAUAAAUCACAACGACAAUCAAACUGCUACUUCUGCUUCUCCUUCAAAUGAUCAUAAUGAUAAUAGUCAAGGUUUAACAGUUCCUUAUUUUGGAAGUCCAUGUAUAAUAUAA